AAUCAUUGAGGAUCUAUGGCUGUUCUCACUAUAAUAAAAGAGUAUAAGACUAGUUCUGAAGGUACAUCUUUUUUAUCACAUUCUUCCAUCAAUAGCAUAGUCAUCUGCCUAUUUCAUAUGGCUGCUGCUGCUUCUUCUUCCACAACUCCUACUGAGAAAAAGUACGAUGUUUUCAUUAGUUUCAGAGGGGUUGACACUCGCGACAACAUUCUCAGUCAUCUACAUGCUGCUUUGUGUAAAGCGAAAGUUGAAACCUUCAUUGACAAUGACCUCAGGAGAGGAGAUGAUAUUUCAGAGGCGCUUCUGAGAACAAUCGAGGAAUCAAAAAUGUCCAUAGUCAUUUUCUCCGAAAACUAUGCUGCUUCUAGGUGGUGCUUGGAUGAACUUUUAAAAAUCAUGGAAUGUAACGAAAAAGAUGCACAAAUUGUUAUACCGGUCUUCUUUAAAGUGGAUCCAUCACAUGUAAGAAAGCAGUCAGGGACUUUUGCACAAGCCUUGGCUCAGCAUGAAGAUCAUCCCACGAUACAAAGAUGGAGGGAUGCGUUGACCAAAGCAGCUAACUUAUCUGGAUGGGAUUCACAGAUCACAAGGCCUGAGGCUACCCUUGUAAAAAAUAUGGUCUCAGAUAUUUUGGGAAAACUUUACUAUACAUCCUCAAGCACUUUUGGUAGUCUGGUUGGUAUGAGUUCUCACUUUGAGCAAAUUGACAUGAUAUUAAGCACGAUUUCUGAAGAAGUUCGCAUCAUAGGAUUUUGGGGGAUGGGGGGUAUAGGUAAGUCAACCAUCGCUAGAGCUUUCUUUAACCAUGUUUUCUCCCAAUUCGAAGGGCAUAGUAUUAUUGAAGAUAUCAGAGAAACAUGUGAGAAGCAUGGGCUAAACAAUAUACGAGAGAAACUUCUCACUGGAAUACUGAAGGAUGAGAAUUUAAAUGUAGGCACUCCUAAUCUAGGCAUUCCUUCUAUAAUGGAUAGGCUCCAUCGCAAGAAGGUUCUUAUUGUUUUGGAUGAUUUAAAUGAUUUUCAGCAUAUAGAACUUUUAGUUGGAAGGCGUGAGUGCCUGGGUCGAGGAAGUAUUAUCAUCAUAACAAGUAGGGACAAACAAGUUCUCAAGAGUGGAGUUGAUAGGAUCUAUGAGGUUCCAGGAUUGGGGUACCAUGAAGCUCUUUGCCUCUUUGGCCAAUAUGCUUUCAAACAAAAGCAUCCCAGAGAUGGCCAUCAUAUGAGACUAUCAAACAGGGCAAUAAAUUAUGCUAAGGGUCAUCCAUUGGCUCUUAAAAUAUUGGGUUCUUAUUUAUAUGGAAGGAGCAAUGAAGAACAGGAAAGUGCAUUGAGUAAAUUAGAGAGAACUCCUAACAUGGAUGUUCAGAAAGUGUUGCGAAUUAGUUAUGAUGGACUGGACAAUGAAGAAAAAUAUAUUUUUCUCAAUAUUGCAUGUUUUUUUAAAGGGGAUUACACUGAAGAAAUAAAAUGCUUCCAUGAUAGCGGCGGUUAUUCUACAGAUAUUGGAAUACGUGUUCUUAUGGAUAAAUCUCUAAUAACGAUUCACAUGGGUCGAGUAUGGAUGCAUGAUCUGCUACAGGAAAUGGGACGAGAAAUUGUUCGUGAAGAAUCCAUUGAAGAGCCUGGGAAACGUAGUAGGCUAUGGGAUCAUCGUGACAUCUCUCGUGUGUUGACGAAGAACACGGGGACUGAGGCAGUUAAAGGCAUAAUUCUGGACAUGCAUAACAUAAGAAGCUUCAGUAUAAAUUCUGCAGCAUUUGAGAGGAUGCACAGUCUUGAAUUCCUCAAAAUCAAAGUUGAUUUGUCCACUUUGUACCUUCCUCAAGGCCUCGGAUAUCUUCCUAGCGAGUUAAGAUAUAUGUAUUGGGAUCGAUACCCUUUGACAUAUUUGCCAUCGAAUUUUCACCUGGAAAAUCUAGUUAAGCUCAUAAUGCCCCACAGCCAUGUUGAACAACUGUGGAAUGGAAGACAGGACCUUGCGCACUUGAACAUGGUUGACCUCUCAUACUCUAAGAAGUUGAUUGAAAUUCCAGACCUCUCGCUGGCUACGAAUCUUCAAAAUCUGGUUCUUACAGAUUGCAAAAGGCUUAAGAAUAUUCCUGGCAGUCUUUCUAGUUUGAAGACACUUAAUCUUAAUGGCUGUUCACACAUCAAAAGGUUUCCAGAGGUCUCAACGAAAAUCGAAUAUUUAAACUUGGGUUGGACUGCAAUAGAAGAAGUUCCUUCAUCAAUUGACUGUUUCACGUCCCUAAUUUCAUUGAACCUUGGAGGAUGCAAGAGGCUUAAGAAACUCCCCAACAGCAUCUACAAAUUGAAACCCCUCCGGUAUUUUGGUCUCUACUUGCCGUCCAAGAAAAGGGAGCUUCUACAAGAUGUUAAUUUACAUCUAAGAGAGUUGAGUGACCAUCUCGUUUGGUUAUCGGCUGUAGAAUUUCUAAAUCUCUCUGGGAACUAUUUCCAGGAACUACCUGUUGCCAUCAAACAGCUUAGUAACCUGCAAUAUCUUUACGUAGACGACUGCAAGAGACUUCAAUCCUUACCUCAACUUCCGAUGAAUGUCCAACGGAUAUAUGCAAGGAAUUGCAUAUCACUAGAAACUGUGGCAACCCCUUUAACCACAGCAACAAGAGGAGAAUUUACUUCUGUUGUUGAGUACAUUGUGUUCAAUUUUUUCAAUUGUCUCAAGUUGAAUCAAAAUGCACAAAACAGCAUUGUGGCUGAUGCAGAAUUGAAGCUGAUGCAGUGGGAAGCCACUUGCCCGGAAACUUUUUCACAGAAAACCAAAGUGGCCGGAAUCUCGUUUAUGGGAGGUGACAUUCCAGAUUGGUUCAACUAUAAAAGCAUGGGAUCCUCACUAACUACAAAGCUUCCAAAGAAUUGGUGUAAUGCUGAGUUAUUCUGCCUGGUUUUCGGCGUUGUUCUUGAAUUCAAAGACUUCCCUAGAUAUGGAAAAUUCAAUAUUCUUAAGCAUGAAUGCCAUAUAAGAAACAAUAUCGGCGACAGCUCCAGUGGCAAGGGUUGGUUCAAUUUAGCAGGAUGGGGAACUAAAGAUGCUAUUCAGUCAAAUCAUGUCUUGUUAAGUUAUGGAAAAUCAUUGAUCAAUGAUUGGAGAACGAUACCCAAAGAAGCAGGUGACGAUGAUGCAGAUGUGAUCUCAAUUGAAUUAUAUGUUGGAGAAGAUUCUAAAAACUAUUGUAAGAUCAAAGAGUGUGGGAUCCAUUUGCUAUACCGCCACGACACAGACGAUGGAUGUAGUUCUUCAACGAUUGAAUGUGACUCUCCCGGUAUUCCCACCCAGUUCUCCUUCAAUCCAGGUUGUAUGGAUGAUGAUAAUGAAGAAACAGUGAUAGGAGAUGCUAAAAGCAAUGGAGGCUAUAAUGACAAUUGUUCCAAUAUGGGCAAUCUGGUGGAAUAUUCAGCUCCAGUGAGGAGGAAGAAAAUGAGAAAGUGAGCUUGGAAGGUAAAUUUCUUUGGUUUCAGUGGAGAUGCUCUCCUCAUGCUUCACUACUCAUGUUAUGCUACUUGAUGUAUUCUAUUUCCAAUCACUUCCUUUUGAUGGAAGCUUUUCUUUCCCCGGUGGGAAGCUUUCCGGUCAAGAACAAAUAUCUAUCUGGUUUAUCAACACUGCCUUGCAAACCCAACAGCAUUGAUCUUUUUUUUUUUGUGCAUGUAUCAACCGUUUAUCAAUCCCUUGAGAUAUACCAUUCUUGUCAUAUCUUACUUAUCUAUUUACAUUUCCUUCCUUCAAAGAACUUGUCUUGUAAAUCAAGGUUGUGCUUCACUUAGCAAAUGUGAUUAAUACAAACAGCUCUGCUUGAGUGCU